GUCAUAUUUGUUUACUGCCCUUCCCACCCCUGGGGAAGCGACGAUUCAUCUACCUCUGAAGGAUCACAGCCCAGGACUCUGAGGGGUGGCAGCCCCAGCAGCCGCAGAGACCUCACCACUAUGGCCACCUGCCCAGAUGUGGAUAAUAGCUGGGUGCUUGCUGGCUCAGAGAGCCUUCCUGUGGAGACUCUGGGCCCAGAACCCAGGGUGGACCCUGAGUCCGAGAGAGCCCUCCCGGCCCCUGGGAGCCCGCCGAAGGCCGUCGGUGAAGAGUCGCCUGCAGCUGAGGGUGAAGGGACCCUGUUUCAGACUGAAAGUCCUCAGUGUGACCGCAUUCUGCCAGGGGAGCCUGAGGUCAAGGGUCCUCUGGGAGGUGGUGACUGUGAUGUGGAGCCUCCUGGGCCAGGAGACGCGGUCGUUCAGGAAGACUCGCAGGAGACUCCCGAGACAGCAAGCCUAGGACCAGACGCACAGGACCUGGGGGACCGGAGCCCUUUGCAGAGCCUGUCCACGACCCCCAAAGCAGUUUGGGUCAGGGAGGAGGGCCGCUGUUCCAGCAGCAGUGAGGAUGACACGGAGGUGGACGUCGCGGGCCUGCGGAGGCGACGGGGCCGGAAGCCCAGCCCGCCUCGGCCCGGGACGCCGCUGCGUGUGGAGGACCAGGCCAGGGGCCAGAGCGCGGGCGGGGAGCUGGGCCUCUCCCUCAACACGUGCCUCCUGGGCGCCCUGGUUCUGCUGGGCCUGGGGGUCCUCCUCUUCUCCGGUGACCUCUUGGAGUCGGACACUGGGCCCACGGAGGAAGCUGACCUUCAGGUCUUCCCAGAUCCUGGGUCAGAGCCUGAGCUGGUGGACGCUGCGGGGGACGGGCAGGAGAGGCCAAGGGAUCAGCUGCAGGCCGCGGUGCCCGCUGACAGCACCCCCAGCCUGCAGCACAUGGGCCUUCUCCUGGACAAGCUGGCCAAGGAGAACCAGGACAUCCGCCUGCUACAGGCCCAGCUGCAGGCCCAGAAAGAAGAGCUGCAGAGCCUGCUGCAGCAGCCCAGGGGGCUGGAGGAGGAAAACGCCCGGCUCCGGGGCGCCCUGCAGCAGGGUGAGGCCUCCCAGCGGGCCUUGGAGUCGGAGCUGCAGCAGCUGAGGACGCGGCUCCAAGGGCUGGAGGCCAGCUGCAUCCGGGGCACAGACGGGCUGUGCCUCCCCUGGGGCAGAGAACCGCAGCCGGGCAAGGCCACCAAGGAGCAUGGACCCCGGGGGCAGGAGCCGGACCCUGGCUUCCUGGAGCAGAAGGAGCGGCUGGAGGCCGAGGCCCAGGCACUGCGGCAGGAGCUGCAGAGGCAGAGGCGGCUGCUGGGGUCUGUGCAGCAGGACCUGCAGCGCAGCCUGCAGGACGCCAGCCAAGGGGCCCCUGCUCACGCUGGCCUGGCCGAGCUGGGCCACCGGUUGGCCCAGACACUGCAGGGCCUGGAGAGCUGGGGCCAGGACCCUGUGGUCUCUGCCAAUGUCUCCGAGGUCUGGCAUCAGAAACCCCAUUUCCAGAAUUCCAGGGAGUGGAGUGGAAAAGAAAAGUGGCGUGAUGGGCAGAGGGACCGGAAGGCUGAGCACUGGAGACCUAGGAGAGAGGAAUCUGGCUGGGAGAGGAAGAAGAGCUGGGGGGACAAGGAGGACAGGGAGCUGGCCGGGAAGUGGAAGGAGGGGAAGCCAGGGGUGGCGCAGUCAGGGGGCAGGAAGGACGGCAAGAGACAGGACCCCAGGGAGGCCCCAAGGAGAGGCGGGAGCCCGCACUCUGGGGAAAGGCAGAAGCACCCGCGGUGGAGGGAAGAGACUGGAGACGGCCACGCGCCCCUGCCCGCCUGGGAGGAGCUGUCCAAGCGCAGGUUCCGGGCCCCGCAGGGCUGCUCGGGCGUGACCGAGUGUGCCCGGCAGGAGGGCCUGGCCUUCUUUGGCACGGAGCUGGCCCCUGUGCGACAGCAGGAGCUGGCCUCUCUGCUGACGACAUACCUGGCUCGACUGCCCUGGGCUGGCCAGCUGAUGAAGGAGCUGCCCCUCUCGCCCGCUUACUUUGGCGAGGGUGGCAUCUUCCGGCAUGAUCGCCUCCGCUUCCGGGAUUUCGUGGAUGCCUUGGAGGACAGCCUGGAGGAGGCGGCGGUGAGACAGACAGGCGAUGACGAUGAGGUGGAUGACUUCGAGGACUUCAUCUUUACUCACUUCUUUGGAGAAAGAGCGCUGAAGAGGAGGUUGGGGAAGAAGGACAAGCACUUGCGGAAGCCCAGAGACAUGGGGCCCCGGGAGGAGCCUAGCCACCGCUCCCACCCCCACCCCCACCCCAGGGGCUGAGUCCCGCCUGGGGCAUGGCCCAGCCUGGGCCCAGCCAAGAUCCCCAGCGGUAUCAGACCCCUGGAGGCCAGGCCCCAGCCAUGCCCCUGGCUCUCCAGGUGUGGUGUCCCUGGACAGCCUUCACAGAGGAGCAGAACGCACCCAGCACUGAUGUCACUUUUGCAACAAAAAAGGCCCGAGCUGGACCCACCUUACUGGCUAUGCAAAUAUAUGCAAAUGCUCAGGGCCCUGGGGCUGGCUGGGCAGCCUGAAGGGGACCCAGAGGAGCCUGCUGUCAGUGGGGGAAGGGCAUCCUGUUUCUGAAGCCCAAGAGCUCUGUCCCCUCCCGUGUGUGCCUCCAGCCCCACGCGCUGACCCGGCACCCCCUGGGACUUGACUGGCUGGCUGCCCAGCACGAGGGCUUGCCCUGGGGUUUGUUAGAUUUAGAAGCAGCCGUCCCUAGGGGUGAAGUCCCCUCCCCCUGCUUCUCACAUGGCCUCACCUCCCCGUGUGAACUAGAGACUUCUGUAAAUUAUAGACUUCUAUGGGGACGCUUGUCACUAGGGGUGGUUUCUAGGCCCAGGGGCCACCGUGCAGCUGCCCACCCGAGUGGGGGGUGACAUCCUAGACACUGGUACUCACCACCUCUUGUGUGGCCUUUCCUCCUUGCCGUGCCCUCCCCACAAAGCCCAGGCCCUGGGGCUGGAAAUUCGUCUUUCUGCUCCAAGCUGCCCGGAGAGCUGGGAAAAGAGCAGAGGACUUUUGUGGACUCAAAUCCGGGCCAGUGAUCUUGGGCAAAUUAAUCUUUGGGAACUUGGGUUUCUUAUCCUCAAAAAAGGGGACUGAAGGGCUGAGAAUGAGAUUGAAUAAAACAAUUAAAACGCC